AUAAAUUUUGACUGGCUCUCAGACUUAAUUAAGUCGCAGUCGCCCUUUACUAAUAGCGGUCGUUAGCGGCGCGGAUGUUUUAGUAAAAUAUGUUAUACAUAAAUGGAAGCGUGCAGUUCAUUUCUUAAGUGAAUUUUAAUAUAUUAAAAAGCAGAAAUAUGGAUGUAAUGUACGCUGCUUUAAUAUAUAAUUUCCUGACACUAGUGGUAACCAUUUUUGGUUCCUCUUCGUCCGAGAUAAAUGGAAAACCUUGGCGUCCGGAAAAUUUCAAAUCUGCCUUCAAUAAAUGUGAUCACUUGGGCGAACCGUUAAUUUUAACGCCGUAUAUCAAAGCCGGUGACAUCAAAAGGGCUCGACAACUUAGCACGGUCCAUCUGCCUUUCGUUCCCGCAGUCAGUCAUAGUGGAUUUCUGACGGUCAAUGAAACUGAUAACGGAAACAUGUUCUUCUGGUUUUUCCCCGCGGAAAUCGCCGAACCGGAACUUGCGCCGGUUGUCGUUUGGCUGCAGGGAGGUCCAGGAGCCACAUCGAUGUUCGGUCUGUUUGUGGAACACGGCCCAUUUUAUUUGCAGAACUCAAUUAUUCCUCUGCCAAGACCGUAUCGUUGGACAAAAUUGGCCAACAUGCUGUAUAUCGAUAAUCCAGUGGGAACCGGAUUCAGCUUCACCAACACGACAGAUGGCUAUUCCAGAAAUCAGAAGCAAGUUAGCAUGAAUCUCUAUGAAGCACUGUUGCAGUUCUAUACCAUGUUUCCGCAAUUUCAAACGGGAGAACUGUACAUAACGGGAGAAUCGUAUGCCGGCAAGUAUGUUCCUUCCUUAGCCUACCGCAUCCACGUAUCGAACUGGAACGCCACUCUUCAACUGCCUCUAGCCGGCAUCGCUAUUGGAAAUGGUCUUGUCGAUCCCGCUAAUAUGUUUCAUUACGGCGAUAUGCUGUAUCAGUUCGGCAUGAUCGACGAACUGCAGCGGGACUAUUUUCAUACACAGGAAGAUGCAUUUCGCAUUGCUGUUUCCGAUUACCGUUUCCACGACGCAUUCCUGAUUUUCGAUAGCCUGCUCAAUGGCGACAAGAUCAGCUACCCCACCUACUUUUACAAUGCCACCCAUUCUGAGUAUUAUUUCAAUAUUUUGCGCACAACCGCUCCCCCGGACUUUGGCUACUACAAUAAAUAUCUCGAGCAGUGCGAUGUGCGCCAGGCCAUCAAUGUCGGCAAUCAGACAUUUGCCAAUGGAAGUCUAGUAGAGGAUUUUCUGCUGGAAGAUAUCCCGCAAUCGGUUAGGACAAAACUGGAAACACUGGCGGACAAUUAUAAAGUGCUGAUUUAUAACGGUCAACUGGAUAUAAUUUGCGGCCUGCCAUUGACCGAAAACUAUAUUAAUCAGAUGGAUUGGUCAGGAGCAGAUGCGUAUAAAACCGCUAAGAAAAUUAUUUGGAAAGUCGACGAUACCGACAAGGAAGUCGCGGGUUACGUCAGACAAGUGAAUAAAUUCUUCCAAGUGGCAGUACGAAAUGGUGGACACAUGUUACCUUAUGAUCAGCCCCGUGCUACGUUCGACAUGCUCCGAAGAUUUUUAUUCGGAAAGCCAUUUGUUAACCGAGGAAAAUCAGCUUCCGCAUCUUCUAAUUCAGGGAAAAAGAGCAGAAGCAAAAAGCAUGCACACUAAUUGUUCUACGAUUUAUGAUGAGCGAAACUAAAACGAUUUUGCGAUAACGGCUGGAUCUGACUGUAGCUGCCGGAUUUUCUGAUAUUUCUGUGAUUUGUUUUCUGGGCUAAUAGUAAUUGUUGCACCGUUACUCUAAAAAUGGAUAUAAAAAUUCGAUCGACUG